AUGGCAAACGCCAAGUAUAUACUUUACUCUCUUAAAUUGGCAUACAUGGAAUUGCCUUUAUUAGGAUUUGCUAUUGAGUUCUUGACAAUGAUUACACCAAUAGUGGUAGCUUUUGCAGCCGGUUUAGUUGGCUGGGUUUAUCAAGCACUGAAACCGCCGCCUCCAAAGAUAUGUGGAUCCCCAAAUGGUCCUCCACUGACUUCGCGUAGAGUCAAACUCAAUGAUGGAAGACAUUUGGCCUACAGAGAGUUCGGAGUUCCUAAGGAAAAGGCUCAACACAAGAUCAUUCUUUCUCAUGGCUAUUAUGACUCCCGACAUAUGUACUUAGCUGCUUCUCAAGAACUUAUGGAGGAGCUCAACGCAUGCAUAAUAUUAUACGAUCGAGCUGGUUACGGAGAGAGCGAUCCAUAUCCAUCACGCUCCGCAAAGACCGAAGCAUUUGACAUUGAAGAAUUAGCCGAUAAAUUAGAGCUCGACAGCAAAUUUUACGUAAUCGGAUUUUCAUUGGGAGCGUACCCAAUUUGGAGCUGUCUAAAAUACAUUCCACACAGACUCGUAGGAGCUUGCCUGGUAGUUCCUUUCGUGAAUUAUUGGUGGCCUUCCAUUCCAUCGGCUCUAGCAAAACAGUCAUUUAGGAAGCUUCCUCUAUUAUUCCAGUUCACAUAUGGAAUUGCGCAUUACACACCUUGGAUAUACUAUUGGUGGACCAAGCAGAAAUGGUUCCCAUCAAUGUUCAGUGAAGGCAUGUUCAUUGAUUACGAUUUAGAGUUGUUAAAGAAAAUAAUAGACACUCCAAAUAACAAUCAGGAAGAAAUAAUACAACAAGGUGAAUAUGAAUCUCUUCACCGAGAUGUUCUGGUUGCUUAUGCAAACUGGGAGUUCGAUCCCAUGGAAUUGACCAAUCAAUUCAAGGAAGGGUCUGUUCAUUUAUGGCAAGGUAGUGCCGACCGUGUCAUCUGCAAUGAACUUAAUCAUUAUGUAGUACAAAAACUUCCAUGGAUUCGGUAUCAUGAGGUUCCUAAUGUUGGCCAUUUAUUUGUCUAUGACCCUGAAAACUUUGAAGCCAUAAUGAGGUCACUUCUAGCUAGAUAA